AUGUAUCCAAUUCCGCCUGGGAAACUUCAAACGCAACCCCGCUAUCCACUGACGACUUAUGAUCCAGUGUCACUCCUGAUAGAACUUGUGGCCUUAAGGAGAUACCCUCUUCCCAGGAUAUCUUCGGCGGUGUCGCCGUGCGUCAGUCCUAGGGAGAAUGUACAGGAAUCUCCGGAGCACCUUCCGGCAUACCAAGUGCCUUCUCUUCAGAUAUUGUACCUCUUCUGCAUUCCUUUCCAUCACUUUCCUGUCUCCUGCUUUGUGUACUGUGUACGGUGUGCUUGCUCAAACAUUGCCAAACGAAUACCUGACAAGGCUUUUACCAAACUGUUUAUAAUAAAAUCGAAUCGAAUUUUGUAA